GACACGCGGACUGUGCGGAAAGUUCAUCCUGCUGUUCAGAUAUUUGGCGUCGGAGUUUUCCACCAAAUCGGUGUGAGUUUCGGGAAAAUUUUGACUGAAAAUUUCACGGAUUUUUUCUUUCGCUCGCGUCGGAUUGGACUUAAAACUUUAUAGUGUGUUUUAGUGGACAGAUUUUUAGUUUUUUUGGUUUAUUAUAGUUGGUUUUAUUAGUAAACAAUAUGGCUUCCACGACCGACGGUAGACUUGGCAACGAUGCACACCUCCGUAUCGCCCACCCCUACCAAAUUCGACGAUAAUCAUGAGGUGAAGAAAAUCAAGGAGAUCAAGAAAAUGAGCGAGUCAAGUAAAUCAAGCAAGGGCACGUACCAGGCGAUCAAGUCGUGCGAUGCCGAUUCAAGCACGAGCGCUGUGGCCACGAAAAAAUCAAAGAAAAAAGGUGGAGUGCACUUGAAUAAUCUGUGGUCGAUAUGGUACGGGGUGUUCUGUACUGGAGUGCAGGGGUAUUUGGCUUACAAGUGUUUGAAGAAAAUAUUGGGAUAUUCUGUAUUGUCUUGGCCUGAUGGAUUGCCUUACUUUGAGCUGAAUUGCAGUUUGGGUCUCAACGGAGCAGUCUUUCUUCUAUUGCCAAUCUUUUUCUCUGUGGCAAUACUAAAGAUAGGCAACCUGGCUAAUGAUGGUUACAAACUCGGCCGGCAGAUGUCCAUGUGCAGCAGGGAGCCUCCUGAAAUCCUUACUACAGGAGGGGGCUGCGGGUUGUUUCGAUACGGGGGUCCUACAGCUCCAUUCAUUCAUAUAGCCAUCUCAUUCUGUCUGCUGAUUCCCAAACUACUGAUGGAGGCCAAAAUGAUCGAGGCAGGAUUUCUACCUCAAGAAUACGUCUGGCACACAGACCUGGACUUCUUGAUAUCACACCGGGACCGAUCGGUGGUUUUGAGUUUUGUCUCGCCGAGCAGCGCUAACUUUACACCGUCUCCAGCUCCUUUGACAGUGGACCAAGCCAACACUAAGCCUGACGCCAUGGCAUUUACUAGUGCCAACGUCACUCACACAGUGAUGAAGACUUUGAAAGAUAUCAUUGGACAUGAGAAUCACACGUUCGAAGUCACUGACAGUGAAGGUCCUCUAGGAUCAUCUUUAUCCCUGGAAUACAUUAACCUAGUGCUGGCAUUAGUUAUAUACUCCAUACGAUAUCCAGCUUUAUUCUGGUCCACCAACAAAUGCCUGGGUUUGAUAUUUUCUUUCCAACUUCUCAUCAAUGGUCUUCAUACUAUAAUAUCUUACUCUGGCAUGAGCAUAUUAUACAAAAUUCAUGUAGCCAACUUAUGGACAUCUCUGCCACUGUUGCAACAUAGUCCAAGACUGUACAAAAAUUUCGAUCGUGCAACACCGUUUUUGCUCAACGCCGAAGUAACAUUUGCACUAUUUAUGUUGUCCACCCUGUUAGUUCUCGCUUCCAGCGUUGUCAUGUAUUUUUACGGACAUACCAGAUUCACGUCAUUUCUGAAUCGUCAACGUGACAAAAAGCUCAUAACCUUAAAAACAUCCUCUGGAAAUGCCUGGACUUACUUCACACACUGCGCGGCAUUCUGCGUUCUGAUCUCCAUAGGUAUUUGCAACGCCCCCCUGAUCCACGAUCAUACAGUGGUGUACAGGGGAAGUCUGGAUGACGUGACGCUCAUCUGCAUCAUCGCAGGCAUCCUUCACUUGUUUUUCUGGAUCGUCAUUUGGCUGUUCCUGACCGUCAAGCAGGCGUGGACAUUUAAAAUAAGAAUUACGAUUGGUCAAGCUACAGUACGAGAAUCUCGUUCCCUGCGUCUGGUCCACGAUGUCCAUCUCAGCAACCAUCGUACCGAGGAAACGGUACAACAGCAACCCUUGCUGGUAAUUGGUAACGGUCGUACCUACACUGUGUCGGAAACAUCGCCCAAGAAGGCCAUCAUGGGUGUCAUCCAGAAAGCUGCUUUGAUCAAGAAGUCAAAAAGUAAUGGCUCGAUAACAACAAACGACGACAGUGAUGACCAAAUUUACUGGCUCAGACCAGCUUUAGUACCAUCCCUGAACUCACCGGACAGUUCCAAGUACUUCUGCUGGUUCAAGAAACGACCCAAGCAGAAAGUGACCUUCAACGAACUGUCAAAUACCACGAUCACCCGCAAUAAAUCCAGUGUUAGGAGAAGUGUGAUACCGGGAAUGGAUGAGGAUGAUGGUGACUAUGCCACUCUUAGAGAACUGCCUUUACCGCCCUCUGUAUCGCAGAGAUUAAGCAAUGGAGAAGACACUGCUAGUGAAGAAGGAAAGCUUCUUGCCUGUGUUCACGAUGAGCACAUCACAUACGCCAGCACAAAUCAAGAUUUCACACCUCCUGUCGUCUAUGAGGAUCCCAGUCCGCUGCUUGAACCCGUAGUGGUUCAUACUAAUUUCGAAACUCCACAAACUUCUGGAAGCGUUAGAAUACUACGAAGGUCCGACUCUGGAAUAAUGGCACAUGAGGAACUACCCGGAAGAUCAGAUUCUAUCAGUACCGAGUGUUCAGCUUCUCCUCCAGAACCUCCAGGAAGCAGCCAUAGCGAAUCGUCCAGUGGCGUCCACUCUAAUGACAGUACUGAUCCGCCAUCCGUCAUUAAACAGCCUCUGACUAAAAUUGACUGGAAAUCAAGUGACACCGAUAACUGUCAGGCAGCCAACCUGAUAAACCUCGACGUGGAGUCGCAGCAGCCCGAGAGCACGGUUGUUAUCAGACGAAAAUCCAUUAGGCCCAAUCCGAACGAGGGGGUUCCAGAUGCCAUACUGAAAGAAGACCCUUAUGGAAGAGCUACAAAUAUGCGUAUGACUUCGUUCACUGACCACAAAGGCAUACAGUCGUCUUCGGCGACGUUGCCACAUUAUCCUACGCAACCGAGCAUUCAAAAUGCUUAUCCGAACUGUUCAACUAUGCCACUGCCACAGCAUACCUCAGGAAACAUACCACAGCCAAUGACGAAUGGAAACAGCUGUAAUAUUUAUACAAAUCGGCAACAUUCCACAAUACCAACUCACCUAAAUGGAGUAAAAAUAGUGACCAGCAAUCACAACCCUUAUUCCAGAAUUCGCCAAAGUGGUGAACCCAUCUCUGCCAAACUAGAACCUAUUUACACUAAAAUCAACAGGAAUACCAACGAGAUCUGCCACUACAGUACUACCAACUCUUAAACCAAAAGAUUUAGGGUGGUAAACAUGUCGUAGUAAGUCCAAAAAAAUGUAUAGUUUGAAAUUUAAAUAAAAACGGCGUCACAGUAGGCAUAGAGAUAAUAACUUAGUUAGUACUCUAUUCACACUGUGUUUUUUUGUUUGGUAGAAAGAUUUAUAUAGAAAAAUUUGGUCAAUUGUCAAAAAUUUCAAACAAAAUCGAAUCCAUUUUGGGUAAUGACGUAAAAAAAACGAUACCAUACGUCAUUUUUAGCUAAAUCAUCACUAAAUAAUAAUGAUAAUAACAUUGAAAGUAUUAUUUAUACCAAAGACUACAUAUAAUUAUAGGCAAAUAUAUCCAAAAACUUUAAGAAAACCCUUAUAUAAUAUGUAAAUAAUACUAUAUCGCAAUUCUCUAUCUCCAAUCGAUGUGUUUUAGUUCUUAAAUCUUAUACAGGGUGAUAUAAAAAUUUGUUGUCCAUUUUUUGAAACACUCUGUAUAUUCUAGAAUACCUUUACUACCUUUCUCAAAUCACUUUAUCUUAAAGUAUAUCACAAUAUCAACUUAUUAUUAUUAAAUUAUUUAAAUAUAAUUAUAUACAAACAAGGCCUAUACUACUGUCUACACAGCGUGACAGAACAUAUAUCUGUCAAAAAACGUGGCCAUACUAUUUUUUCCUUCACUUCUGAACUUUUAACGACAAACCGGCAACGUUUUUAUAGUAGAAUUCUACACAGUUGCCAUAUCGGUUUCCUUAUCCUAACUCAGUCUGACAAUACUUUUUCUAUCUUCAAUUUGCGUCAAACUAAGGUAGCUAGAUUCUUCUUAUAGUCAGCCAUAGAUCACAAUAUGUUCUUUAAAACAAAAGUUAAAAAAAACGAAAUGGUUGCCAGAUACAAAUAAAUUAUGAGUAAUUUCAUAAAAAAUUUCAAAAAAAAACCUAUGGCUGACUUACCUUACCUUUUUCUCAACAACUUUAGUAUACAGGGUACUUAGAAAGACUCCUAUAUAUCUGGCAGCACAAUUCCACAAAGCCUAUUGACAUUAUAUACUGACAAACCGAAAUAUAACUACGCACAAUACAAUUAAAGUUUUUUUUUUCAAAUACCCUGUAUAUUUUAGCGUACUAAAAAAAUAAAUAUGAAUGAAAUUGAUGACAAAUAAUUAUUUCAAGUAUUUAAGCGUAUAUAAGAUAUACAUGUAUACAGGUUUAUGUGUAUUCGUCGAUAUACUGGAUUUUUAUAUUUUGUAAUUUUAAUGUUAACAUCUCAAAAAAAAAUAACUCAAAUGUCAUUGUGUGAGAGACAAAAAAAGUAAAUUUAAGAAAACAAAAAUGAUGAUAAUAAUAUCUGUACUAUGUCAUAUCAUCUUUGUCGUAGAAUUAAAAAAAUAGACAUAUAGAGCAAAAAAACAAGAUCAAAUACAUUUCAAACAUCAUCACUAGUGAUAGGAGAAUCAUGCAACAAUAACUAAUAAUAAUUAUAACUAAUAAUAAUAAUAAUAUCAUCCUUAGCUUUUGUAUGGACCGUAUUAUUUGUAAUAAUAUUUAUACAACAUAUUUGUAACCUUACAUGUGAUGCUCACCCCUAUCUGUAUUUGUACGAUGACAUAUUUGACGUUUUGUGCUGUCAAACUGUCAAUCAACCUAGUCACUAUUGUACGAAAAAUAAUUUACUACACGAUAAAUACUUAUAAACAUAUGUAAGUUUGAAUGAAUCUUGAAUUAUCUAGAAAAUUCAAAGUAAAUAGAAAAAGAAUGACAUAUCUGUGUAUUGACAGCACAAGAUCAGUAGCAAAAACACUACUUAAAAAGUAUCCGUAAAUGUUAUAGAUUAGUGACAAUAUAUUUUUUCAAAUUUAAUGUCUUUCUUGAGUAAUUGUCAAUUGAUUAUGUUGAAAAUGUAUGAUAGUGCAGAAAUUUAAACAAGUAAAAAACAGCUGCUUUUUGACAUGUUUUACUUAUCCGUUUUUAAUUCAUGGCCAUUUUCAAUUUAAUGUCCUGUAUACAUCAUUUAUUUUGGACCAUACAAAAAUUAUAGGCAAAAUAAAUAAAAUAAUACCAAAAUUACUCCUUGUAACUGAAAUUCAUACUUUUGCAGUAAAUCCUUGAGUUUAAAUAGUUCGUAACAUAAAAAUUAUUAUACUUACAAUAUGUAAAACAAAACUAAUUAAUUAUUCUGGGGGCUGGCAAAGGUUAGU